AUGAAGUGUGAAGACAUAUGUGUAAUAGAAAAUGAUAGAUCAACGUUAAGCAGUGGAGAUGUAAUUAGCGUUGUUCCAGUUUACUUGGCGGCUCUACGAGUAGUAACGGGAUUAACUUUUGGUAAGAAGGUUACGGGCAGUGUCGGAUAUUCAAAUUGCGAGGAAAAUACGUCGGAAAACCUUACCAAACUGCUAUUAUGGAUUAACAAAGAUCAGAAACUAAGACCUUAUUUACGAUACUUAUCAAUGAAAGAUAACGAAAAUAGUGCGAUACCUAAGGAAAGUCUCUUUCUGACUUUUCAAGUACAAAAGUAG